UCUCUUAGGAGAAAGUACCUACAUGGAUAUAAACUCCUAGACCUGAUAACGUGCGUCCCAGUCUUAGUGCAUACCUGCAGCUCGAAUAGAAUAAUUAUUAUAUUAUUGUGUAAUAUGAAUAAAGUGACAGUGAUUUUUUUGUCGUUAACGAUUUUUUCAUACGUUAGUAGUCAAGGACUGUCGCGCAAUGGGCUGACUGGAAGGAAUUACAUGGAAAAACAGUUGCUUUGUGCUUUGGAAAAGGGACCUUGCGAUGUUUUGGGAUCGCAAAUUAAAGGAGCGCUACCUGAAAUAAUUGGCAACAACUGUAGAGCUUGUGACCCCAAGCAGAAGUCCAACGCAAGAAGAAUGGCAAAUAUUAUUCGAGAGAGAUAUCCAGAAGUGUGGGACGCCCUAGUAAAAAAAUACUCCAAUGCUUAAUACCUUAAUAUUGUACUAAAUAAUGUUAACUUAUUUAAUUAUUAAAAAAAUCG